AUCGUCACACAAUCAGGGCAGCUCUGACUUCACCGCCAGCACCCUCAUCCAUUCAUUAAGUAGGCCCGUUAUCUUUUUUUCUUGUCGCUCCUUCAGCCUCUACACUCCACAGAAUAAGUCUUUUGUUUGCUUGUUGCGCAACCGCACUCGACAGCUAUACAUAGGCCAGCGACGCGCCCGUUUCACAUUUCCCCGCCCAAAGACGUCGUAGCCAACCAGACCACCCCGCGCGCUUUGAUACAGCCGCGCUGCAGCACCACGUCAAAGGCCUCGCCUCAUCUUCAAAGACUUUCUAGGCUUUAAAGGCCCGUACAAGGCCUCUAUUCAGAAGCCCGUCAGAAACCAGUUGAGCCCCUUUUCUACUAAACACACACCCACAUUCACACACACCACCCAUCAUGGCGAAUCUUGUAGCCAAAUACGCCAUGAAAAAGGCGCUCGGCAAGGAGAUGGAGAAGUAUCGUGGAAAGAGCGCAUCGGGCCCAUAUGAUCCUUUCUACGAAGAAAUCCCACACCCAAGGAAGCCUGGCAAGAUGAAGAAGGUUAAAAAGGAAAUUCCCAGCUACAUCCCUCCAAAUGACGCCGAUGUCCUUGCCAAAGCCCGCAAGUCCGCCUACAGACUCGACUACGCUCUCUUUUCCUUCAUGGGAAUUCGGUUCGGCUGGUCUUCGGUGAUUGGCCUAUUCCCUGCUGCUGGCGACGCUAUGUCUGCCGCCCUGGCCCUCAACCUUGUUCGCCAGAUGAUGAAGGUUGAAUGUGGUCUGCCUGCCACGGUCGUCCUUCUCAUGGUAGUCAACAUCGCCAUUGACUUUCUCGCCGGUAUCGUGCCAUUUCUCGGUGAUCUUGCCGGCGCCGCCAUCAAAUCCAACGGUAAAAAUGUCCGCCUCCUCGAGAAACACCUCGACACGGUGUACAAGCCCAAAGAGUUGAUCGAACGCGAAGCCAAAAUGCCUCGGGAAUCACGACCUCGUCCUGCUUCAGUAUAUAUUGAUUUUGACGACGAAAUCGAAGACCGACGCAACGCCUUCAACGAUGAGCAUGACGAUGUGCGCCGACCACAGAAAUCCUACCGUGGCCAGCGCAUCCCAGAUGAGGAAAUGGGCUACCGACAAGACACUCAACGUUCCUACAGAGACGACCGGCGCAGAGACGACAGACCCAGUCGCCACAACACCCGGAGCAGCAGACGCUAAAACAAAAAGUUUUCCUUGCGUUUCCAUUUCCUAUGUCAAAUUUCCUCGAGUCCUCUGUUUGAGUUGCUAGACUGGUACUAGCACAUUUUACAGUUGGCGUUUGCGGUUUACCCAUACCCUCUUUGAACAAUAUACCCGGAGGUUUUGUUGAAUGUACACAACAAUGUCAUGCAUACUCUUUGUAAUCUCUCGCCUGGUAACACACAGGCCCUAGUCUAUGUUCUAUUGGCCGUCCAAGCUUCCUGCAUGUCUCAUGCUUGCGAGUUGGUACCUGUCAAUUUUAUCUAUAAUUCCUUGCCGUUCAUUUUCCUCCGGGCAUGUGCUUGACAUUUAUUUUCGAGUAUCACUUCUUUGGCUAGUCACAUUGUGCGUCCAAUAUGAGCGUCUUCUCUC